CUUCCCGUAUCAUAACAGUUCUCACAUGGACCCGUGUUUCUAUAAAUACAGCCAGGUAGCACACUUACUGUAUUCUGCUGCGUGUCGUUUAUUAGUCGAGUUACCCAAGGUUCUUCUUCUAAAAUGACGGAUUUAACAGCGGCUCGUCGAACAUUUUUUGGCGAUAUUGGGUUUUGGGCUGACCGAACAGCGUUGCAUGAGGCCGCGUCACUCGGCAGGGCCCUGCAACUGAAGCAGCUAAUAGAGAGUGGAGAGUUUGUAAACACGGUGACAGUGGACAACAUCACUCCACUCCACGAUGCCUGCAUUCAAGGACAGCCAAACUGUGCUCGUCUACUGCUUAACGCAGGUGCUCAGGUGGACGUGAGGACCAUCCAUGGAAGCACACCUCUCUGUAAUGCCUGCGCUGCAGGAAAUCUGGAGUGUGUCAAGAUGCUGCUUGACCAUGGAGCCAAAGUCAACCCUUCCCUCACAGCUCUAACCGCCUCCCCUCUACACGAAGCUUGCAUCCGUGGUAAUGCGGACUUGGUGAGACUACUCAUAACCCAUGGAGCCUUGCUGGAAGCUUAUGAUAUCCACUUUGGGAACCCUCUUCACACUGCAUGUGCCAAGGGACACGUGGACUGUGUCCAGGUCCUGCUCAAUGCAGGCGCCAAGGUGAACGCAACCAAGUUCCAUGAGACGGCACUCCACCACGCAGCCCGAGUGGAGAUGGUGGACAUGAUCGAGCUGCUGGUGCAGUUUGGGGGCAAAGUGUACGCCAGAGAUAACCAAGAACAAAAACCUAUAGACUACACCGAGCCUGGGUCUCCCUCUGAAGUCUGCUUCAAGUUUUAUGAAAGUACGCCCCUGAGUCUACAGCAGCUUUCCAGAAUCGUGUUACGGUCCAAGAUGGGCACCAGGGCUCAGAAGGUCAUAGGUCAACUGGACAUAUGUCACCUCAUCAGAAGCUACCUCCUCUAUGAGUUAUAAUGUUAGACUCCAGUCAUGCACCUCUAUGGACAAUCCUCAAGGAGAAACAUGUCUAUGUCUUAAAAUAAAAGGAAGUCUGUGUGUGUGUGUGAUGAGAUGUGUGCAAAGCUAGUCCUGAAUUGCUAAUCAGCCCUAACACUGGCUCAAGUGUUUUCAAAGUUGACAGUGUAAACACAAGGUGGGAGUUUGGAAAAUACCAACUGUAUUGUUUGGAUAUGUAGGAUGUUUAAUGUAGGAAAGGACUAAGUAAAUACAUUUUUGUUAACCAAAAUGCAUGUUGUCAAACAGUAAUAAUUUUUUUAUCACUGUACCUCUUCUGGCAUACUAAGCUAAAUUACCCUUUAACCAUUACAUUAUUUAAGGCCAACUUAAAUAGGUAUUCUAUUACAACAGUCUU